UAUAUAUAUAUGGACUCUCCGUGUCUUUGUGAAAUAAAAGAAUAUUGAGAGAGAGGAAUAUCAAACAUGCCCCUGACAAGCACUUGCUGCGUCAAGUUCUCUCCUCCAACAACAACCUCUCCAAAUCCUCCUUCGAUUCCCAAGACUACCCAAGUCUUAAGGCCAAGUAAGGAGAGGUGGAGAAGAGGAUGCAUAGAGGGUAUGGCUUGCGUGAUGAUAGGACUAGAAAUCAGCAAUUGGUUCACCGCCGGUGAGGGCCACGCCAUGAUCGCUGCCGAGGAAAUGGGGGUAAUUUCACAAUCAAGUAUUGUGAAUAAUAAUGUGUCGAAAUGGAGUGACAAAAGGAGGUGCCCGCCUUGGCAUCUCAAUUCAUUAGAGACCAUCGUUCCUGAGAAUCUGCCGAGGCCGUCGGCACAUCGGAGAUGGGAGGCUGUUGGUUUCACCAAGAAUGCUCCGGCGGUUAAAGUGGUAGUGACAGUUAAACGUACCACCAACUGUUUUUCAAUGUAAUAUACUACGUGUCAUAAUUGGCAGGUUUAGACAAAUGCUGUAUAGGUGAUUAAUGGGUAUAGAACGUUUAAUUAAUUAUUAGUAAUUUGAAGAAGAUAUUUUUAGAGCUUGAAAUUUGUAAUGUAGCUUUUGUAGUACUAUCUUGCAUGAUCAAGUCGUCGUAGUA